AAAUUGGACCAAUAUGACGAAUUAGGGGAAGUGGAUCAAAGGGAUUUCUCGUCUAUGACAAUUAUGCAGAACAGGGAAAGUGUGGAUAGAAAUGGAUCCCUUAUCCAUUCUUUCUUCUCCAUGAAGAAUAAGUUUACAAAACCCAGGUAAAGAUACAUUAUUUUCUUCUGCAAUAAUGGCUAAGGCUAUCGCAGGCUUCAGCAUUAUCAAACAAACCCUGUAUAGCUCCUCUAAUCUCCACCCACACAAAUCGACCCACAUCCCAUUUUCGACACUGCUUCCAAACUCCGGAGUUUUCAGCCAUCGACAACUUACUGAAGGUUCAAAGCGCCAAAGAGGGUCUCUAGGGAGAGUAAAUGCUUUCCCAGAUUGGCCACUUAUGGCAGUUCUAGUUGAUCACUUGGACGGCCAAAGAGACCUUGUUACCCACAAAUCCAUAGUGCAUCUUAGUGAUGAAGCUAUCAAGAAUGUCUAUAGUCUUUACAUCAUGUUCACUUGUUGGGGAUGUCUGUUCUUUGGUUCCAUGAAGGAUCCAUACUAUGAUUCAGAGGUGUACAGAAAAGAUGGAGGCGAUGGAACAGGACAUUGGGUCUAUGAGAAGCAAGAGGACAUUGAAGAAGCAGCAAGAGCAGAGCUAUGGAGGGAGGAGCUGAUUGAGGAGAUCGAACAGAAGGUUGGAGGACUUCGAGAAUUGGAAGAAGCUGGAAAGAAAUAAGAGGCAAACGAGAAGUUGGGCAUCAAUUUAUGUUCUUAACACAGCAUAUUCAUUAUGCGUAUAAAAUCAAAAGCCUAGGGCUUGAUGGAAAUACUCUACGGUUGUGUUUCAGUAACAAUCUCACAGUUCUUUCCCAGUAGAACAGGGAACAAAAUGUAAAUCAGCAGAAACCAUCGAAAACGUAGAAAACAUCAGUUCUUUCUUUAUCCAAAGAAUUUGCCUCAGAGGUAGUGACAAUUUGUAUUAUCAUCACUCUUGUAUCUGGUAAUACGUGCAAUUCAAUACAUCACAGGCAAAUUUCCAGA